CUAUUUUCAUGCAUUGCAUGUUGUAGUAAAGAUGGAGACACCUCUAAAUGAAAAUCAGGAUAAUGACUCGAUAUUUUGCAAAGAAAACCUUUGCUAUGAUGCAGACAUGAAUUUGUCCAGAUCAGGCCGUUAUGAUUUUCAGAUGAAUGAUGUAAAGCCUAGGAAGUCAUCAGGAAGGGCUUGCAGGUAUUCAACAAUCAUCAUAUUUCUGAUCCUACUACUAGGAUUCAAUUCCUUCCUGACUUACAAAGUAAUCACACUGGAGGCAUGGGUUCACUCCGAACUGACAGGAAAACAAAACCGAGAUCAGCUAGAAUCCUCUAUCAGUUUAAAACAAGAGGGCCCUACUUUGGAUCAGCAUUGCCUGUCCAACCUCUGUGGGGAUGAGAAAGGUCUGGAGUCUCUGAUGUCACAAAUGUAUCUACUAAAUACCAGUGCACUCGAUCUACAGAAUCAAGUGAACAACAUUAGCCAGGAAAAAGCACUUCCUGGACCUCCUGGACCUCCUGGACCUCCUGGACCACCAGGAGUCAUGGGGUUACAAGGUCCACCUGGUUCAAAAGGUUUAAAUGGACUCCUAGGAUCACCAGGACUUAAAGGUGACCCUGGAUCACCAGGUAAAGAAGGACUGCCUGGAGCCAUAGGUCCAAAGGGAGAGAAAGGAGAAAUAGGCAUUACAGGAUCAUUAGGCCCACCUGGGAUCCCAGGCAAACCUGGUGUCUCUGGUAUUAAGGGCGAAAAAGGAAUUCAAGGACUACCAGGUGUACCUGGUCCAAGAGGUGUGGUAGGAGAACCAGGUAGAGCUGGGCCACCAGGGGCUAAUGGAACAACAGGACUUAGAGGAAUGCCAGGCUUACAAGGACCACCAGGUAUUCCUGGACAAAAAGGAUCUCCUGGAUCACAGGGCCCCUCUGGGCUGCAAGGGCCCCCUGGACAGAAAGGUUCAGCUGGAGAGAAGGGAAACAGGGGAGAAAGCAAUGCAGGUAUUCAAGGUCCUCCAGGGCCAAAGGGAGACAGAGGAUCUACUGGUUAUUCUGGAGCUAAAGGAGACACAGGCAGUAGAGGUUUCACUGGUGCUCCUGGUUUACCUGGACCAAAGGGUGAUACAGGUUCUACUGGUCAAAAAGGACAAAAGGGAGUUCCAGGACUCCCAGGUCCUAAAGGAAAUAAGGGAGAACAAGCAACUGUUGCACAUGUGCGCUUGGUCGGCACUGCUAAUGCAGGCAGAGUAGAGGUUCUGUUUAACUCAGAGUGGGGCACUGUGUGUGAUGACAACUUUGACAAUUUGGAUGCCAUAGUGUUGUGUAAAAUGUUGGGUUUCAAGCGACCUACACAAGUUUUUAAAGCACAACCAGGAUCUGGUCGGAUAUGGUUAGAUGACUUGCAGUGUGUAGGAACAGAGACCAGCAUAUUUGAUUGUAAGCACGGGGGAAUGGGAAUUAAUGACUGCCAACACACUGAGGAUGCUGGAAUAGCCUGUGCCUGAAAGGCCACAACAACCUUCCUUUCUUCUUAUUUAGAUAGAUUUAUUUUGUAUUUGUUACAUUACUACAACAAUACAAUAAACAUUGAUUUUUACACACAACAUUACUGCACGCAGUAUUUAACAUAAAAUACAGUCUAUUAGGCGAUUACAUCUUACCAAAAGCCUCAGCAUGUAUAUAAAGAUCUGACUAAUAAAAAGCUUUUCAUGGUAUGUUGAA